AUGGAUACUGCGAAAGGGAGUGGUGGUCUUGAUGGUCACCGUGUGGUCGAUCCUCAGGCUCUGUCACAGUCUUUGGUGAAUAAAGUGAACACGUUUGAGGAGAGUGUGGGGGUGCUGUUGUGGAAGUGUCUUGUCCACGUGGAAGCACUGCAGUUGGUGGACCUGCCCCUCCUCAUAGGCCACUGCACUACAGUGUUGGACCAAGUGGGCGAGCGAGACCUCGAGGUCAAGCAUGUUAGAAGGCAGGAGGCUCUUGUUAUCCACUAUUUUCACUGUAUUAUGAAGCAUAGUGAGAAGCUGAGCGCCAAGGCGGUGUUCGAAAGUAUGCGAGACACUGGCCUUAUCUCUGGCAUACUCCACUAUCUGGCAAACAAGGAGUGCACGCCUGACCUCAAGGCGGUGGGGAUGGAGGGUCUGUCGAUGCUGGCCGACUCUGAGGAUUUCCAAUGUGACAUGCACCGUUUUCUGCCACGUCUGGAAGACAUUGAGGCUCUCAGGGAGAUAGAGAAGGUGGCAGAGGUGGUCCUACAGGAGGGGCUUUUGAAGCGAUCCGACGUCAGACCGCUGUUGGAUCUGUUCGCCAAAUGUAAACGCAUGAACUGA